AUGGACGAGCUGCCCGAAGACGACCACGGCCACGGCCACGACCACGACGCGGACGAGCCGCGCUGGACGGCCCUGCAGCUGGCCGCCGGCGACGGCGAUCUGGCCCGCGUCCGCGCUCUGCUGGAUGGCGGCCAUGAGCAGGUCAACGCCCCGGCCACGGGCUACAACGGCCGCACGGCCCUGCAGGCUGCCUGUCUGGGUGGCCAUCGCGACGUCGUGCGCGUCCUGCUGGAGGCGGGAGCCGACGUCGACGCGCCGGGAGGGAACAAUAGCAUGCGGACGGCCCUUCAGCUGGCAUGUGGCGUUGGGGGAGAGGAAGAGGAGGACGAGGACGAGGACGAGAAGGACAAGAAGCACGACGACGUCAACACGGACAACACGGACAACGACCCCAUCCAUCUUCUCCUGGCGGCCGGUGCCGCCCUCAACGCUCCUGCUGCCCGCUACAAUGGCCGCACUGCUCUCCAGGCCGCAGCCGAGACGGGACCGAUCGCCACCGUCGCGCUGCUUCUGCGUCUCGGCGCCGACGUCAAUGCCGCGCCCGCCACCAAUGCCGGCCUGACCGCUCUCCAGGCCGCCUGUCUGGCUGGCCGUCGUGCUGUCGUGUCUCGGCUGCUGGACGCCGGCGCCGACGUCAACGCGCCGGCCUGUCGCUACAAGGGCUACACCGCCCUGCAGGCUGCCUGUGUCGGUGAUGGCGACGACGUCUGCGCCAUCGUCGACCUCCUCCUCGCGGCUGGCGCCGACCCCAACGCCCCCGGCAGCGGCUAUCGUGGUGGCACUGCCCUCCAUGCUGCUGCCCACGUCGGCCACGUCGAUGUCGUGCGCCGCCUGCUCGCUGCCGGCGCCCGCGUCAACGCUGCUGCCGGACCCGCCCGCCAGUCCCCGCUGCAGACCGCCCUGCUCGGCGAGCAUGCUGCCUGCGCGGACGUGCUGCGCGCUGCCGGUGGCAUCGCCAUCGCAUCCCGGGCCACCUUUCUGUUCGAGUUUUGA